AUGCCCAAGCCCUCGCUCUCCAACACGCUCGAUAGAGAGCCGCGGGAAGAAACGCUGCUCCGACGGCCAAGUUACUACACACUCGAAAUUGAUUUCGUUUCUGUAAUCACAUAUGACGAAACAGAAACGUACGAUGAGAACAACAACAACUUCGUGAGUAUGAACCUUGGUGAAUUCAUCGAUUCAACGAAUGAUUCGAACGGUGGGGAAGAGAUCGAUGAUAUUGCACUAUGUGCUGUUCAAGAACACAAUAGGCGAGAGAAUAUUGUUCUUAAGCUUGCUCGAUUGCUAAACGCAACAGAGGAGGUGGUUGCUGGUAAGAUCUACCGUCUUAUGUUUGAAGUUAUCGAAAGCCGAUCAGAGAAGAUUUACUCUUUGCUUUCAAGUGUUGUUGGGAAUAUUUGA